AUGGAUUUAGUAUUAGAGGUUUGUGAUUCGUAUUUCUUAGAUAAUUGGUAUACUAGGUUUUUUCCCGUAUCGAUGGCAACCACCAUCGAUCCAAAAUGGGUUUCUAAGUUGCAGUUGUCUACAGGGACUAGUAACGUAUCAUGUCUAGUGACAGGGUUAAACAAUCAAAUUAAAAAUGUUCCUUGGACCAGUAGGAUAAACCCAGAAAUAUACGGGUAUACUCCAUAUUUGAUGGAAAUGUCUGAAGCUUCCUUUGGUUCCAUCUUCCCACGUUUUAAUGUCAUUAGACAAUUUAUAUCAAUGUUGGCUAUUGUUACAGUGUUUGGCUGGAUUUUAUAUUUCGUAACAGCUUCCUUAAGUUAUAUGUUUGUUUUUGAUAAGAAUAUUUUCAAUCAUCCAAGAUAUUUGAAAAAUCAAAUGAUCUUGGAAAUUAGAUUGGCCAUGUCUGCCAUUCCUGUGAUGUCAAUGUUAACAGUUCCAUGGUUUAUUUUAGAAUUACAUGGCCAUUCAAAUUUACAUAUUGAUUUUGGUCCACAUGGUAAAUGGAGCAUCUUACAAGAAUUGGUUACAUUUAUCAUGUUUACUGAUUGUGGUAUUUAUUUGUUACACAGAUGGUUACAUUGGCCAUUAGUGUAUAAGCAUUUACACAAACCACAUCAUAAAUGGCUUGUUUGUACACCAUUUGCAUCACAUGCGUUCCAUCCUGUAGAUGGUUAUUUCCAAUCAUUACCUUACCAUAUUUACCCAAUGCUAAUGCCAUUAAACAAAGUCUUAUAUCUAUUCUUAUUUUCAUUUGUCAAUUUCUGGACUGUCAUGAUUCAUGAUGGUAAUCACAUGUCCAACAACCCAUAUGUUAACGGUACUGCUUGUCACACUGUUCAUCAUCUAUAUUUCAAUUAUAAUUAUGGUCAAUUCACUACUCUAUGGGAUAGAUUAGGUGGUUCUUAUAGAAAACCAGAAGACGAAUUGUUCAAUCCACAGGAACAAAAUAUGGCUACUUGGACUGAACAAGUAAAGGAAAUAGAUGCUAUGAAAGUGGAAGUGGAAGGUAAUGAUGAUGAUAGAGUCUAUGAUUAUGAAGUGUCUUCCAAGAAAUUGAGAUAA